AUGCAUUACCAAAACUUUCUCAUCGCCACGCUCGCCAUUGCAGCCCCUGUUUCCCUUGCCCUUCCUCUCGCCGACCCUGAGCCCGCAAAAGGUACUCCGGCCACAACUAAGUUACCCGAAAACCAAAAUAAGCCAGAAACUGUUACCACGAAAGGUGAGCAACAGGAUGGACAGGAUUAUGCUACUAAGACAGGGAAGGGGAAGAGCCAGAGGGAUGUUGAAGAACUAGAGAAUAGAGAUGUGGCAGAUUUGGAUUGGGAUUGGGAUAUAAAGGGGAAAAUGACAGAUAUGAAUGUUGAAUUGGAGGAGAGAGCUGAAGGUGGAAAGCCCACUGGAGGUUUUACUGGAAACCCUGAUCCGGCACCUGCACCUAACGCAGCCGCAAAGCCAACACAGCAUUUUACUGGGAAACCGGAUACUGAGCCGGCUCAGACAGCUACAGCCAAACCAACUCAGCACUUUACUGGUAAACCUGACGGACCCGAACAAACAGCAAUAGCUAAACCCACUGAAAACUUCAGCGGCAAACCCGAUGGACCAGAUCCAACUGCCACUGGAAAACCAACUCAACACUGUACCGAAAAGCCAGAUACACCACCUACCAAAACAAUCAAAACUAUUGAACCUGUUAAGACCUCUAUCGCUUUUACUGAUAAACCAGAAAGUGUUCCAAGAACCUUCACAUCCAUGUACAAUAUUGGCGGUCAGGCGACCUCACGUUCCGUUCUUGUCAAUACUUAUGGACCGGCUAGUAGCAGUGUUAUCGUGGCUCCUGUGCCAAUUGGUACUGGAAAGCCUGCUGGAGGAAGAGGAUUUUAG